AUGGGAUCAAGAGAGUUACUAUAUGCACUCUCAUUCCCUGAAGCUCCAAUUCGCCGAAAAGCCUUCCCCAGGCGUUGCGUGGAGAUAAUCAGGUCCCACCCAAGGAACAUCUCCGCCUCAGCAACAAGGCCGCCGAACCCGAAUUAUGGCACUCUCCAUGAAGAGCAGGGCAAUACGUCGAUGGUGCCAAUGCCACUGUCGUCGAUGUUGUUCGUGGAGGACAAUGGCGGGGAGAGCAGCAACUGGGUGAUUCAAACCAGUAAAGGGAAAUUUAAAUUGGGUCCACUCUAA